AUGGGGACCCUCAGAGAUCUCCAAUUCGCACUUCAGCUGAAGAUUGAGGAGUUACGGCAGAGAGAUGCUCUUAUCGACGAGCUGGAGCUGGAACUGGACGCUAAAGACGAUCUGAUCCGCCGCCUGCAGGGGGAGCUCGACCGGCUACGGCUCUCCUCCGCUCCGGGGGUCUCCACAGCCACUGCUGGUCAACAGCGCGCUUCUUCCCAGAGAGCUAGACGGAAAGCUCUGGUAACAGAACCAGUUACAGUGGAGCCAAAACUAGUCCUACAAAACCAGCCCAUCAGCCACAGCAAGAGUCAAGAGUCACAGAGGCUGAUAGAAUCGGCUUUAGCAGAAAAUGAGUGCAUGAAAUAUCUGGACCGGGACCAGCUGCAGUGUUUGGUAGAAUCUGCCUAUCCCACCACGAUCAAACAAGGUGUGUGUCUGUUCCAGGAAGGGGAACAUGGAUCCCAGGCGUACAUAGUCGAAGAGGGAAAGCUGGAGGUAUCCAGAGCUGGCCAGAGGCUUCACAUCAUUGAGCCGGGGAUGAUGUUUGAAGAGCUGGGCCUCAUUCAUAACCACACCUGCUUCACUACUGUCACAGCUCUGGCGAACAGCAGGCUGUGGGUGAUGGAGGCUCAGGUUUUCCAGAAACUCAUGCAGAAGAGCAGCGUCAUCACCAUCACUCAGACUCUGCAACUCCUGCGCAGUGUCCCUCUGCUCGGUGUGUUUUCGGAGGACGUCCUCAUCCGAUUGGCUGAUGCUCUGGAGGAGUGUCACUACAGUGAUGGUGAUUACAUCAUUCAGAAUGGAAGUCCAGCAGAUAAACUCUUCAUUCUGAGUCAAGGCCAGGUGAAAGUGCUAGAGAAGCAGUGUGUCAGUGAGGAGAGUGUGAUGGUGUGUGUUCUCACCAGAGGAGACAGUUUUGGAGAAAGAGCUUUACAAGGAGACGACGUGAGGUCGAUGAGUGUUCUUGCCGCAGGCGAUGUGACAUGUCUGCUCAUAGACAGAGAGGUUUUCAGAAAAGUAACUGGAGGCUUGGACAACGGCAGAAAAAAUCCUAGCAACAAGACCAAAUCCAAAGCAGAGGAAGAUGGGAUUGCCUUUGGUGAAUUGUCUCUUAGCAGUUUUCAGGUGCUGUGUAAUCUGGGCGAAGGACAGUAUGGACACACUCAGCUUGUCCAUUUAAAGAGUGACUCAAGCUGUAAGUUUGCAUUAAAGAGCAUUAGAAAGCAGGUGAUACAGAGCCCAGGCCAAAGAGAGAGGAUGAUCGCAGAGAAACACAUCCUAAUGGAUCUGCAAUGUCCGUUCAUAGUAAGGUUGCAUUGUACCUUUAAAGAUGCUCGGUGUCUGUAUCUGCUGAUGGAGGCUUGUGAAGGUGGAGAUCUGUGGGUUUUACUGAGAGAGAGGGGGUCACUGGAAGAAGAUGCUGUUCGCUUUUACGCUGCAUGUGUGCUGGAAGCUCUUAUUGUACUUCACCGGAAAGCCAUCGUUCACAGAGACCUGAAACCUGAGAAUGUGCUUCUGGAUCAGCGCGGAUAUGCCAAACUGACAGGGUUUGGUUGUGCUAAGAAGCUGGACUCUUUGCGCAGGGCCUGGUCUUUCUGUGGGUCUGUGGGAUUUCAGCCUCCGGAGGUCAUUCUUCAUCAAGGCCACAGUCUGUCUGCAGAUCUCUGGGCUUUAGGGAUGCUGCUGUAUGAACUGCUCAAUGGCAGUCCCCUGUUCUCUGACUCAGAGCAGAUGAAGGUAUAUAGAGCAUCUCUGAGGGGCACAGAUGAGCUGGAGUUCCCCAAAACCAUCAGCAGGACCGCAGCACAUCUCAUCAAGAGCCUCUGCAGGCUGAAGCCCACAGAGAGGCUGGGCCAGAGGAACGGGGUCAAGGACGUCUGCAGACACAUGUGGUUUGAAGGCUUCGAUUGGGAAGGACUUCAGAAGGGCACACUGACUCCACCGCUGAUACCAAACGUUCCCCAUGUCUCGGAUUGUGGAGGAACAUCACUCUUGACAGAAACCGACUCUGAAGCAACGCCAUUGGAUGAUCCUGCCUGGGAUAUAGACUUUUGAGUUUUGCCAUAGUGAUGGAUGAUGUAAACUGGAGAAAAAAAAUAUUGGGACUUAUUCGUUCAGUUUUUCCUUCGGCUUAGUCCCUUAUUUAUCAGGGGUCACCACAGCGGAAUGAACUGCCAACUAUUCCAGAAUAUGUUAUACGCAGCGCAUGCCCUUUCAGACUUAUUGGGACUUAAAUUUUGGAAAUAUAUUGUGUUUUGCAUUUACUUUUGAGUUAGUUGUUAAGAUGAAAACUAAUACAAACAUUGGAAUUACAUCACACUUCAAAUGUCUGUCUAA